AUUGGCUUAGUAGUUCUUGAUAACUAAAAUUCUCGAAACUUUUUGCUAACCAUAAAUAAGAAGUAAAAUCUUCCAAUCAAGCAACUCAAAGUUUCUUAAAAGACGUAAAAAAUAAGAUUCAAACAUGCCAAUUGUUGAAUCUCCUGCUAUCUAUGUCCAGAGUGUGUUAACUACCAUCGCUACGUAUUUCAUCCAACAUGCUUACGUCAAGCCUAUCAUUGAUUUGCACUCCACAGAUGCAAACUUUAUUCCAUUGGACAAGCCAACAAAGGCCUUGCAUAUAAGAAGAGACAACAGCAGUAGACAGACCAAGGUCAAUGUGUUUGACAACAAGGGUGACAAGCUCUACACCAUCGAGAGAGAGUCUGCCAGUACGCCUACCUGGUCUAUGUUUACAUAUCCCCACAGACACGAGGUUGCUACCAUCAGAGCUGGGUUCUUCCUAAAGUCUUUUGAUUUCCACAACAAGUUUGGAAUGCAACACAGGGUCUUGGAGCGUGAGAACGGGUUAUCCGGUAGAUUGAGAACCUUUUACUUGAAUGACGGAUACAAGUACGUGUGGACCAGGGGUUCUAAGUUUCUAGAACGUGUCACCAAUCCGGGCGGUAACGAAGAAGAAACCAGGGAGCGUAUUGCAAAAGUCAGAUUGAUGAGACAACGUAAGUUUGAUUACGAGUUAGUUGUGGACGAAAACAAGGUCGACCUCGAGGUUGCCAUUGUCACCGGCUUCCUCUGCAUGAUGACAUUCUGGGGUAUGGGAGAUAUCACCGAGACUGUCGGUCCAACGUACAUUCCAGAGCCCCAGGCGGCUCCUGAAGUGAAGGCUGUUGAACCUGUCGCUGCCAAGCAGGAACCGGUUAUCAUUGAAAAAGUGAUCGAAAGAAUCAUCGAGAAGGCCCCUGCUGCGCCUGAGGCCACAAAGGAGCCUAUUCCCAACAUCACGCUUGAGGUGCAAGCAGACGACGACGCCGAUGUAAUCAUCGAAAAAGCUUAGUCUGUCACCAUCAUCU